AACCAGUAGGGCCAGAGGUCAGUCGGCUCAGAAGUCAGUUAACAACUAGGACUAUCGUGCCAGAGUAGUGGGAGAAAGAUACGACACGACAAUAUUAAGAUCCAGUGGGAUCUUAAUAUUGCAUUUGUACAGGGAAAAGGUAACAUGAAAUUAAAGGCCAGGGCCCCAUGGCACAAGUGAGGCAUCUUGAAAAAUGUUCUCCAGCUGGCAGCUUUGUUCUGAACAGCCCGACUGCAAACAAACAAACAGCAGAGAGCUUCAUCAGCCAAGCAAUGGACAUCAUUGUGGACGAGGCGGUGAAGAAGGCCACUGAUGUCCAAGAGAAGGUUUGUGAGUGGCACGCUCCUGAGCAACUGAAGAAGCUGCUGGACCUCGAGCUGAGAGAUGAAGGAGAAGCUGAGUCUGAGAUCCUGCAGCGCUGCAGAGACGCCAUCAGAUAUAGCGUCAAGACCAGUCAUCCCCGUUUCUUCAACCAGCUGUAUGCAGGGAUGGAGCCCUACUCUAUGGUGGCGAGCUUCAUUGCUGAAGCAAUCAAAACCAAUCUGUACACGUAUGAAGUGGCUCCAGUGUUUACCUUGAUGGAGGAUGCCGUGCUGAGGAAGAUGAUCAAGGUGAUUGGCUGGGAAGAAGGUGGCGAUGGAAUCUUCAACCCAGGUGGCUCAUUGUCCAACAUGUAUGCCGUGAACUUGGCCAGGUACCGUUACUGCCCAAAUUUUAAAGAGGCUGGCAUGUUUUCUGCUCAGCGACUGGUCAUAUUAACAUCCCAAGAGUCUCAUUACUCCAUUUCCAAAGGAGCAGCUUUAAUGGGGAUCGGCACUAAAAAUGUUUAUACUGUCCCAACUGAUGAGAGAGGAAGGAUGAUUCCCUCUGCUCUCGAGGACAAAAUAAUGCUGGCAAAAAGUGAGGGUGCGGUUCCCUUCAUGGUAAACGCUACUGCAGGAACCACAGUGCUCGGAGCGUUUGAUCCCAUCGAUGAAAUCUCUGACAUCUGUGAGAAGCACAACUUGUGGCUGCACGUGGACGCAUGUUGGGGAGGAGCAGCUCUCAUGUCUAAGAAGCACAAGCACUUGUUAAAGGGCAUCCACAGAGUUGACUCUGUUUCCUGGAACCCUCACAAGAUGCUGAUGGCCUCUCUGCAGUGCUCUGCUUUCCUGGUCAGAGACAAAACGGUAAGACUGAUAAGUCACGUCUGCUGAAUGGGGAAAAAAAAAAACAAAAUCCACCAGCAAAGCCAGC